AUGCUCAAAAAAAAUCAAAAAUCUAACAAUCAUGGUUGCUCUGCGUUAUUAGUUAAAGAAAAACUACCACUACAAAAAAGACAGAAUACUACUCAAACAACUGAACAAGAAGCUGUCGCUGAAAGCUCGAAUAUUGUACAACCUCCUGUUAUUACUAUGGAAUGCUGA